AUGGGCUUUCGAUUUCGCCAAGUCCAAUAUGGUAUUUUCACUGGCAGAACAAUCGGGAUGGAGACCGUUGCUGCUCGGCUCGCCACCUUUUAUGCCACUCACGAAUCGGCACCGAAGGGUAGAGUAUCAAAUGCAAAGGCUACAACGCACAGCGUCUGGCCCCAUGAAAGACCAUCACCCGAAGAGCUCGCACAUGCCGGAUUCUACUACAAGCCCACUCCUCUUAGCCCAGAUAAUGUCGCUUGCUUCCUUUGUGAAAGAGCCCUGGAUGGUUGGGAAGAAGAUGAUGACCCAGUCACAGAGCAUCUGAGACACUCGAGUGAAUGUGGAUGGGCAAUUAUGAUGGAUAUCGCAGAUAUGGAAGAUAGUAAUGAUGAAGCUCCGGAAACGUCCAGACCGAAAAGAGCAGCGAGGGGAAAGAAGAGAAAUAGUGAUGCAAUGAAUGAAGUUGAAGAAGGACCAAAUGAAAAGGAUGAUACGAUUGGAUCAGAGCCACCUUCUAAAAGACGAGCCACGAGGUCAGAGAAUAUUGUGGCGAACCAUGCUGUGAACUCGGGCAUCAAAACAGUGGAAUUGCCAGUUGCCGAUGAGGAGUCCAUGCAUAGAGAAAAACAAGCCUCGCGAAAACCACGAAAAUCAAAGCGAGCUUCCUCAACAACAAGGAAACCACCUACAGCUCCUAAAGGUUUAAGAUCUAGGAUUCCCGACGAUGACGAGAUUGACGCCCAACUAGAGGCGGAUCUCGUCGCGGGCAUUGAAGCUGAUGAAAGAGCAGUAUCUAAACCUAAGCAAACAGACGGACACUCCGCGAGCAAACAGAAUCAUUCAACAGCACCUGUUGCAUCGGUUCAGCCAGCGGCAUCUUCGAUUAUUCAUACCAGUGAUUUUGAAGAAGAGCCGGAUACUAAGACCCAAAAAAUCCAACGUAAAAAGAACUUGGGCAAGAAGAAGCCCGCAGCUCGGAAAAACUCCCGUGCCCAAGUUCAACAAGAACCUGCCAACCCAGAUAUUCACGAAGCUAAGAUUAAACAUAAACCUAUAGCUGAUGCUACAUGGGAUGGCCUCGAGCAGAAGACAGGAGACAAUGUGGAGAUGGAAGACGCACUUAUCCCCAAGAAUCAGGAGGAUGAGAGCUUUAAAAAUCACCAACCGAAACCUAUCCCUAAAAGACCUGGGCGACCUAAGGGCUCCACCGGGAAUUCGAAGAAGCAAAAUCAGCAACUGCAAGAUGAGAUUCCAGUUUCUGAAGAGACUACUCCUAUCCCAUCUUACCUCCACGAACCUCCCGUCCAAAACAAAACGAUAAAUGAAAUUCACAAUAAGGCGCUUAAAAUAUCGGGUACAAGCCCUAGCGGCAAGGAACCGCAAGUAGGUCCAGAAAUUCAAACGUCAACCAAUGUACCACGGAAGGUCGCGUUUAAAGCAUCCGGAAAUACUGAUACAUCAUUAAAGCGGAGUGGUACCCAACAACGACUGAAUAACCCAGGAAUGUUUGAGCGCGCAUCGGACCGGAUAGUUCAAGUCUCUCAUAACCCAAUUUCGCCAAAUGCACGGGUGAAUGAUUCCACGCCGUCUCCAUCCCCGCAAUCGUCCGAUGCAGAGAACAGGCCACCCUCAAGCCGACCAAAUACCCGACCCACCUCGUCAUGUGUUUCCAAACCACAGGCAGCUUUUGUUGUGCCACUUGCGACAAGCACACCUAUCACUUCACCGUCAAAAAUAUAUGCACAGUCUGGUCAGCUAAUUACCUCCCAUCCUUGGAGUCCCGUUGACCCAGAGGAAAUUUUCCUCCCGGAUUCGAUCAGUAAAGAGAAUGUGAAUAUCAAUGAUAUUCUUCACGCCGUUAAAGGGGACCUAACAAGCCCAGAGAAACAGAUGACCGUGGAAGAAUGGAUCGUGUGGAAUGCAAAAAAUGGAGAAGCUAAGCUGCGAAAUGAAUGCGAAAGAUUGGUUGGAAUUUUUGAGCGAGAAGGGGGAAAAGCUAUGAUAGCUCUUGAAGGGAUCGAAUGCACCGAAUGA